AUGAUCAGCUCUCGCCCAAUAGGUAUAGCGUUUGAGGGCGACCACCGCCAUAUUACGAAGACUCCAGGCAAUAGAAUGUCGAAAUCACGAGGUGCACUCCAGGAGAAUGUUGGCCGCCACGUACCCGUCACAGUCGAUGGAAAAGCGAAGAAAGCUGCGUUGCAACAAGCUCCGUUUUACCCAAAUACAUUGCAACCGCAGAAGAUCCUGAAAGGUCAUGAUGGACCAACCAAAUCCAAGGGAAAGGAACCAGUCAUACUCGCACCCUCUCGACCUCUGGGCGACAAAACGCCCUUUCCUAACCGCGUUGCCAACCAUGCCACACCAUUUCAAAUGACAAAGCCUAUUUUUGAUGUCACGCCCGGUGCACUUCUUCGCCCAAGUUCCGCACGAAAACAUGUUAGACUUCCCCGCAGCGCCAGCAACAGCUUUCAGACGCCACUCACUGGUGGAAACCACUGGGAUGUUAGCGAUAUAGACAUUAAUCCAGAGGUCGUAGCGGCGCCCAAUCAAUCGAUUGAAGAAGAAGACUACGAUGAAAUCGAGUACAUGCCUCCGAAGCUAUCUGAAAUGCUAUACGAACCUCCAUUUGAACUUCCGGAUUAUAAAGAAGUCGGGAGAACCCUUCUCGCUCUUACCCACUCCUACCCGAUCGACGAUAUACCGACACAUGUUACAUCCAUGGAAUUCACGGCAGCUGAACAUGACGACAAAUUUUUUGCCCCAGGCGAUUUAUCUCUCCCCCAUCUCGAUGAUGAUAGUCCGUUCUCGCAGGCCAAUUCUGCACCAAAGCCUGGGCCCGAAGUGACUCGAGUUCCUCCGUCAUCGAAGAACACUACUCGCCCAACCCAAGUUACAGCAUCGAGAACUAUUCGCGCCGCAUCCGCAGUAGGUCAUUCGACUACGGCUGAUACCUCCCGUCCAAGAUCUGGCCCACAAACUGUUUCUCGUCCUGCCGUUACGCGUCCAGGUAUGACAACUUCCAAGCCAGCGACC